ACAAAAUAUAAUUUUUACUUUUGAACAUGGAAAGCGAAGAAAAAGAAUGGAUACAAAGAACGCGCCAACGUAUUACCGCACUAAACUCGCAAGUCGACGGCAUUCUUGGCAUUCUACAGUGGGAUCGCGAUGAAUUAAAACAGUGGUAUGCCGAGAACGAUUGCACUGUCCACACGAUCGACGCCCUGUUGUUCCUCGGUCGAAAUGGCAGCAGCAUGCUCAGCGGUGUUUUGCCAAGAAACAAACAACAGCAAACCAGCCACAGCACCAACAACAAAAAAGUCAAACGACCCACCAUCGUUCAGAAUAAGACCGUCAUCAUCCUUGCCAAGCAGCGUGCGGUAUUUCUACACCCAAGCUCCAUGUAUUGUCUCGUUCAGUAACGAGCGGCAAGUACCAGGCGGGGCACAUGUGGUGCAACAACAUCCAUUGGUCAACAACAACGACGGUGUUGGGACCACCACCGAUUAUGCAGCCUUAGCCAAUUCUAUCCGGGCUCAGCAUGACAUCCCUUCCGUGCCACGUGUCCAUGAUCUCUUUGCAUUUGAUGAAGAAGUGCAAGAAGACAACAACGGGACAUUGGAUCAUCAUGAGAAUCAUCGUGCUAAGCGGCGAAAAGACUCCAAUGUCCGAGAAGGCAUCAGCGACAGCGGUGACGGCGCCGGUGACGGGGGCUGCGACGAUCAACAACAACAACAACAGGAACAACGUGACUAUAGGCGUCGACGAAAAACAUACCGCGUUAAAGUUUCCAAACAUAGAUCCGCGACAGAGAUCCAAAGACAGUUAGUCCAAGCGUACAUGCAAGAAUUCGAGUAAUGCAAAAGUGUUUUGUUAACAUCGACUAAGCCUCAAACUGCAUCUUGGCCUUCUAAGUGUGUGUGUCUUCCUUCUCUGUCUUGUUGUUGGUGAUUGAU